AGGCGCUCGUUCUAACGAAGACGCACUGGGUUACAAGGGAGUUGCCCCGGGUAAAGGCAGUAGCAGGUACUCUCGCGAGAUACAAAUUGCCCUACCACUCUAGUGCAAGAUGGAGAAGCAAAUGUAACACGCAUUCGAGAUUGUUAUAAGAAACUGAAAAGCAAGCCAAGGAUGAGAAUGGUGGAGCCAUUGAACCGAAGCCAUUUCUGAUAACGUCACUGGAACAUGCUGUUAAGUGGGUAUUGCCAAACUAAUUCUCUGAGCAAUCAAUAGAGAUUAUCAACAAUGAAGGUUGACAGAAGCAAGUUAAAGAAAACUCCUACGGAAGCUCCUGCCGACUGCAGGAUACUUAUAGAGAAGCUUAAGGCGUGCAGCGAUGAGCAACUGUUGGUUGAACUGCAGCACAUCAAGACAUGGAAUAUUGGAAAGUGUGAGCUGUACCACUGGGUGGACCUACUGGACCGCUUUGAUGGCAUUCUGUGCGAUGCGGGCCAGACAGUGGAGAAUAUGUCCUGGCUGCUGGUGUGUGACCGCCCUGAUAACGGACAGCUCAAAGCCCUGCUUUUGGCAGUUCUCAACUUCACAGCCCUGCUCAUUGAGUACAGCUUCUCUAGGCACCUCUACAGCUCCAUAGAGCACUUAACCACCUUGUUAGCAUCAUGUGACAUGCAGGUGGUCUUGUCUGUGCUGAACCUGCUGUAUGUGUUCAGUAAGCGGUCCAACUACAUCACAAGACUGGGAUCUGACAAAAGGACCCCUCUACUGGCCCGUUUGCAACACCUGGCCGAGAGCUGGGGAGGAAAGGAGAAUGGCUUCGGUCUGGCUGAGUGCUGCAGGGAUCUGCUCAUGACGAAGUACCCGCCCAGUGCCACCACACUGCACUUUGAGUUUUACGCUGAACCGGGCCCUGAGGUAAAAGUAGAGAAGAAGACAAGCACUAACACACUACACUAUAUUCACAUCGAGCAGCUUGACAAGAUUUCAGAGAGCCCAUCUGAGAUUAUGGAGUCAUUGACAGUGAUGUAUAACAUCCCUAAAGACAAGCAGACCUUGCUGUUCACACACAUUCGACUGGCCCAUGGUUUCUCAGACCACAAGAAGAGGUUGCAGGCUGUGCAGGCCCGACUGCAUGCGAUCUCCAUACUGGUGUAUUCAAAUGCACUCCAAGAAUCGGCCAACAGCAUUCUGUACAAUGGCUUGAUAGAAGAGCUGGUGGAUGUAUUACAGAUUACAGACAAACAGCUUGUGGAUAUCAAAGCAGCGUCUUUGCGCACUUUAACUUCAAUUGUCCAUCUGGAGAGGACGCCCAAGCUUUCCAACAUCAUCGACUGCACCGGCACUGCCUCCUACCAUGGCUUCUUGCCUGUGUUGGUGCGCAACUGCAUACAGGCCAUGAUCGAUCCUCUGAUGGAACCCUACCCGCACCAGUUUGCCACCGCACUGUUCUCCUUCCUCUACCACUUGGCCAGCUAUGAUGCUGGAGGGGAAGCCCUUGUGUCCUGUGGCAUGAUGGAAGCUCUCCUGAAGGUUAUCAAGUUUCUGGGUGAUGAGCAGGACCAGAUCACCUUUGUGACGCGAGCAGUGAGGGUUGUGGACCUCAUCACCAACCUUGACAUGGCUGCCUUUCAGUCCCACAGCGGCCUUUCCAUUUUUAUCUCCAGGCUAGAGCAUGAGGUAGAACUGUCAAGGAAAGAGUGCCCUUUUGUCAUCAAGCCAAAGAUCCAGAGGCCUAGCACAGCUGCAGAGUCGGAAGACAUGGAUACGGACAUGGAGAUGUCGGAGGUUGCCAUGGAAAGCAGCCCUGGACCAUCCACAUCUUCUGCUUCCAAAUCUGAAGCGGACCUCCGAGCACAGACCACUGCUGCUAACACGCCUCGUGCAGGUAUGCAGUGUAUUCCGCAGAGGGCAGCACUGUUAAAGUCAAUGCUUAAUUUCUUGAAGAAAGCAAUCCAGGACCCGGCCUUUUCUGAUGGUAUCCGCCACGUAAUGGAUGGGUCGUUGCCUACCUCACUCAAGCACAUCAUCAGUAAUGCAGAAUAUUAUGGCCCUUCACUGUUCCUCUUGGCGACGGAGGUUGUGACGGUGUUUGUGUUCCAGGAGCCAUCACUGCUCUCGUCCCUGCAGGAUAAUGGGCUCACUGACGUCAUGCUGCAUGCUCUUCUCAUCAAAGAUGUUCCUGCUACCCGGGAGGUGUUGGGCUCUCUCCCCAAUGUGUUCAGCGCCCUGUGCCUGAAUGCCAGAGGCCUGCACUCCUUUGUUCAGUGCCAGCCGUUUGAGCGCCUCUUCAAAGUGCUUUUGUCCCCUGACUACCUGCCCGCAAUGCGACGGCGACGCAGCUCAGACCCAUUGGGUGACACUGCAUCCAACUUGGGCAGUGCUGUGGAUGAACUUAUGAGGCACCAACCCACUUUGAAGACUGAUGCUACAACUGCCAUUAUUAAGUUACUGGAGGAGAUCUGCAACCUAGGUCGAGCCCCUGAGUACAUCUGCCAGAAACCGUCUAUCCAGAAAGCCGAUGGCACUGUGGCGGUGCCUCCAGCACGCUCCAGCCACGCUGCUGAGGAAGCUUCAAGUGAGGAUGAAGAGGAAGAGGAGGCCCUCCACACAUUCAGCCAGCAGCAGGGGGAACCAGAGAGCAACAGACAGGUUGUGGGCACUGAGGAGCGGAUACCCAUUCCUCUCAUGGAUUAUAUACUGAACGUGAUGAAGUUUGUGGAAUCCAUUCUGAGCAACAACACCACAGAUGACCACUGUCAGGAGUUUGUCAACCAGAAGGGUCUGCUACCUCUGGUUUCUAUUCUGGGCCUGCCCAACUUGCCCAUAGACUUCCCCACGUCUGCUGCCUGCCAGGCUGUGGCUGGUGUCUGCAAAUCCAUAUUGACACUCUCUCAUGAGCCUAAGGUACUCCAAGAGGGCCUGUGCCAACUGGACAGCAUCCUGACGUCUCUGGAGCCACUUCAUCGACCAAUUGAGGUGCCUGGUGGAUCUGUGCUGCUGAGAGAACUGGCCAACGCAGGCCAUGUCACCGACCCGACGUUGUCGGCACGGGCCACACCACUGCUACAUGCUCUUACUGCAGCGCAUGCCUACAUCCUCAUGUUUGUCCAUACUUGCAGAGUAGGGCAGAGUGAGAUCAGAGCCAUCUCAGUCAACCAGUGGGGCUCCCAGCUGGGCUUGAGCGUUCUCAACAAGCUUAGCCAGCUCUACUGCUCUCUGGUAUGGGAGAGCACCGUGCUGCUGUCCCUUUGCACGCCCAACAGUCUGCCCCCAGGAUGUGAGUUUGGCCAGGCCGACAUGCAGAAACUGGUGCCCAAGGAGGAGAAGCCAUCUGGCAGCACUGCACCCGCCACGUCAUCUGGCUCCAGGAGAACUGAGUCUGAGGCAGUGACUGUAGAUUCAACUACUGGUGGACUGCUGGAAGGCAUGGGUCUAGAUGGUGACACCUUGGCUCCCAUGGAGACGGACGAACCCACCGCGACUGACCCUAAGGCCAAGUCCAAACUUACCCCAGCUAUGGCCACCCGCAUUAAACAGAUAAAACCUCUACUAUCCGCUUCAUCUCGAUUAGGGAGAGCUCUGGCUGAACUCUUUGGCCUGCUGGUGAAGCUGUGUGUGGGCUCCCCAGUGCGCCAACGGCGGUCCCACCACGCCACAAGCACAGGCACUACACCCACGCCUGCUGCCCGGGCCACUGCCUCUGCCCUGACAAAGCUCCUCACAAAGGGUCUCAGUUGGCAGCCACCACCCUACACACCCACCCCUCGUUUCAGGCUGACUUUCUUCAUCUGCUCAGUGGGCUUCACGUCCCCCAUGCUGUUUGAUGAGAGGAAGUACCCCUACCACCUUAUGCUGCAGAAGUUCUUCUGCUCUGGGGGCCAUGAUGCCUUAUUUGAGACAUUUAACUGGGCCCUGUCAAUGGGUGGAAAGGUACCUGUAUCUGAGGGUUUGGAGCAUACUGAUCUGCCAGACGGGACAGGGGAGUUCCUGGAUGCUUGGUUAAUGCUGGUGGAGAAGAUGGUGAACCCAAGCACUGUGCUGGACUCACCCCAUUCCCUGCCAGCUAAAACGCCUGGUGUCACACCCACCAUGCCGCAGUUCAGUGCCCUUCGGUUCCUCAUAGUCACCCAAAAGGCUGCAUUCAGUUGCAUCCGCAGUCUGUGGAACAGAAAGCCUCUGAAGGUGUAUGGAGGCAGAAUGGCCGAAUCGAUGCUGGCCAUCCUCUGCCACAUACUGAGAGGGGAGCCUGUAAUUCAGGAGCGCCUGGCCAAGGAGAGAGAGGGGGCCAGGGGCGACUGCAGCAGCGGCUGCACUAAUUCAACCCCCCGCCGUGAUCCCCAGGUGAACCAGGCCCAGCUUACACAGCUGAUGGACAUGGGUUUCUCAAGAGAGCAUGCCAUGGAGUCUCUACUGAACACCAGCACCAUGGAGCAGGCCACGGAGUACCUUCUAACUCACCCUCCUCCACUUCUUGGUGGAGCAGUAAGAGACCUGACUAUGUCUGAAGAGGACCAGAUGAUGAGAGCCAUUGCCAUGUCCCUUGGGCAAGAGGUCAGCAUGGAGCAGCGGUCGGAUUCUCCUGAGGAAGCAGCACGUCGGCGUGAGGAAGACGACAGGAGAGCCAGGGAGCGGGCCGAGGAGGAGGAGGCGCGUUGCUUGGAGCGCUUCAUGGAGGCUGAGCCACUGGACCCCAAGGAGCUGCAUACCUUCACUGACUCCAUGCUGCCCGGCUGCUUCCACCUUCUGGAUGAGCUGCCGGACACUGUCUACCGACUAUGUGACCUUUUGAUGACCGCCAUUAAGAGGAGUGGAGCGGAGUACCGAGAUCUCAUCCUCGGCCAGGUUGUCGACCAGGUGUGGCAGGCAGCAGACACCCUCAUCAAAGCGGCUGAGCCUCUGACUACCAGCGACACAAAGACUGUGUCUGAAUGGACCAGACAGAUGGCCACGCUUCCCCAAGCCUCCAAGCUCGCGACAAGAAUCCUGCUGCUCACGUUGCUAUUUGAAGAACUGAAGUUGUUGGGUGCUAGAGUAGUGGAGAACAGUGGGAUUCUGGAUCUGCUGAUCAAGCUCCUUGAGGUCGUUCAGCCCUGUCUGCAAGCUGCGAAAGAACAGAAAGACAUCCAGACGCCCAAAUGGAUCACACCAGUGCUCCUGAUCAUUGACUUCUACGAGAAGAUGGCGGUAUCUUCAAAGCGCAGGGAACAAAUGAACAAGUAUCUUCAACCCAAUGGGAAUAACUGGCGGUGGUUUGAUGACCGCUCGGGCCGUUGGUGCAGUUACAGUGCAUCAAACAACAGUACCAUCGACUCUGCUUGGAGGGCUGGGGAGAGCAGUGUCCGCUUCACAGCGGGACGCCGGAGAUACACUGUGCAGUUUAACACAAUGGUGCAGGUUAACGAAGAGACUGGUAACAGGAGGCCAGUGAUGUUAACUGUCCAGAGAGUGCCUCGCAUGCCUAAGCCUGCCAAGGCUGGUGGCAUCACUGACUCAGAGAGAGAUGAGGAAGACAGGAGCAAAGCAGAGGAAACCCAGACUGACCUGGACUCCGAAGCAGCAGUGGAGAUGAGUGUUACGAAGGAGGACUCCAGCCAGCCGAAAGAGGCCUCCUCAGCCCCGGAGUCUGACAACUCUCAGAGCGCUGAUAUUGUUGUACAAGGCCUGACCGGGGACAUGACCACCGUUCUCAUUCGUGCCUGUGUCAGUAUGAUUAGCGUUCCUGUUGACCCAGACACACUCCACGCCACUUUGCGUCUGUGUUUGCGUCUUACACGGAAUCAUCACUACGCUAUGAUGUUUGCCGAGCUGAAGAGCACACGGAUGAUUUUGGGGCUGACUCAGAUCUCCGGCUUCAAUGGCUUCACCCCGCUGGUCACACUGCUGUUCAGACACAUCAUAGAAGAUCCAGCCACCCUGCGGCACACCAUGGAGAAGGUGGUGAGGUCUGCCGUUACCAGCGGAGCAGGUAGUACCACCUCAGGAGUGGUGUCAGGCAGCCUUGGUUCCAGAGAAAUCAAUUAUAUCCUUCGCGUCCUGGGCCCUGCCGCAUGCCGUAACCCUGAAUGCUUCGCCGAAACCGCCAGCAACUGUGUGCGCAUUGCUCUGCCUGCACCCCGGGGGGCUGGCACGGCCUCUGAUGACGAGUUUGAGAACCUUCGAAUUAAGGGGCCCAAUGCUGUGCAGCUGGUUAAGACCACUCCGCUAAAACUGUCCCCCUUACCCAUCAUCCCCGACACUAUCAAGGAAGUUAUCUAUGACAUGCUCAAUGCUCUGGCUGCCUACCAUGCUCCUGAAGAACCUGAACGUCCAGAGGAACGUGCAGCAGCAGCAGCAGCAGCAGUAGUGGUGCCUGGUGGACCAGACCUGUGCCAGAUAUUACAGGAUGUUGGAGAUGACGUUUAUCAGCAGUACAGACUGACCCGACAGGGCAGCGACUUUGACUCCCAGUCUGCGUUCCAUAUUAAUGCUCAAGUGUUUUCUGCUGAUGGAGCCGUCGCUGAGUCUUCCCAGUCGGGCACACCACAAGGUGAAGCAUCCACACCAGAAGAGAUGCGGGAGGAAAAGAAGGAGCAGGAGGGAGAGAAGAGUACCAGCUCAGAGGAGGGUAAAGCAGCCAAAGUAAAGGCAAGAAAGCCUCUAAUGCCUACCUCCACCAUCCUGAGACUGUUGGCUGAAUUGGUGCGCUCCUACGUGGGCAUUGCCACUCUGAUCGCCUCCUACUGCUACACUGCUGGACAGUCCGAGCUGAUUAAAGAGGACUGUAGUGUUCUUGCCUUUGUGCUCGACCACUUACUGCCCCACACCCAGAAUUUGGAGGACAAGGACACGCCAGCCUUGGCCCGGCUCUUCCUAGCCAGCCUGGCAGCUGCCGGCACGGGCACUGAUGCCCAGGUGGCCCUAGUCAAUGAGGUGAAGGCUGCCCUUAGUCGAGCACUAGCAAUGACAGAGGGUCCGGAAAAACAUGCCAGGCUUCAGGCGGUGAUGUGUAUCAUCAGCACCAUCAUGGAAUCGUGCCCCUCAACGUCCAGUUUCUACAGCACAGCAGCAGCCAAGACUCAACACAAUGGCAUGAACAAUAUCAUACGGCUAUUUCUUAAGAAAGGACUGGUCAACGAUUUGGCCCGUGUGCCUCACAGCUUGGAUUUGUCCAGUCCCAACAUGGCCAACACAGUAAAUGCUGCAUUGAAGCCUCUGGAGACUCUGUCCCGGAUUGUUAACCAGCCCAGCAGUCUGUUUGGGGCUAAAGGAGGCUCCAGCAAGAACAAGCCCGAACAUGACACUGUGGGCACUGCAAGGGACAGCAACAGCAACACUCAGGACCAAGGAGAGUCUGGUGAGUCUGAGCCAGUGGAGGGAAACCACAGAGUGCAGGGAAGAGACAACGACCUGAUGGAUGGAGAGACCGAGGGAGACACGGUUGUCAUUGCUGGUCAGCCAGAGGUUCUCAGCACACAGGCUAUGCAGGUAGAAAAUGAAUUGGUGGAUCUGAUUGAUGAGCUGCUGGAGAGAGAUGCUGGCACCGUCAACAGCACAAUAAUAGUGGGACGAGGCGGAGAAGAUGAAUCUCAAGAAGAUGUGUUGAUGGAUGAGGCCCCCUCCAAUAUUAGCCAGGCAUCCACUCUUCAAGCCAACCGGGAAGACUCAAUGAACAUCCUGGAACCAGAGGAUGAGGAGCACACACAGGAGGAAGACUCAAGUGGCAGUAAUGAUGAUGAAGACAGCCAGGAUGAAGAGGAAGAGGAGGAAGAAGAGGAGGAGGAGGAUCAAGAUGACGAAGAAGGAGAUGAGGAUGACGACGACGAAGGUUCAGAGAUGGAGCUGGACGAGGACUUCCCUGACAUCAAUGCCGCACCACAUAUCCGCUUCGAAAGGUUUGACAGGGAUGAUGACCUCAUCAUAGAGUUUGACAACAUGUUCUCCAACAACGCUGACAUCCCUCCCUCCCCAGGCAACAUCCCCAGCUCCCACCCACUGAUGGUGCGCCAUGCGGACCACGGUUCCCUCACCCUUGGUGUGGCAGGCACGAGCAGCCGCCUAGCACAGGGCAUGGGUCGCAGCCAGCGAACUCUGCGGCAGCUCACUGCCAACAGCGGACACACUAUCCACGUCCACUACCCUGGCAACCGCCAGCCAAACCCCCCGCUCAUCUUGCAAAGAUUGUUGGGCCCCAGUGCAGCAGCAGACAUUUUACAACUGUCCAGCUCCCUGCCGCUGCAAUCUCGAGGCCGGGCCCGCCUUUUGGUCGGAAAUGAGGAUGUGCACAUCAUCGCCCGAUCUGAUGACGAGUUGUUGGAUGAUUUUUUCCAUGAGCAGAGCAGCACUGGGGGACAAACCGGAACUCUCUCUAGUAUUCCAACUGCCUUAACAAGAUGGACAGAUGAGUGUAAAGUACUGGAUGCAGAGAGUAUGCACGACUGUGUUGCUGUGGUGAAGGUGCCUAUCCUGCAGCAUCUGGAGAGUCUGCGCGAUGAGGAGCUGGAGGAGCGUAGAGAGAAGAGGAGGAGGCAGCUGGCUGAGGAGGAGGAGUCUAAGCAGAGUGAGAGGAGGGCCUCUGGAGCAGAACAAGCCAGGGAACAGACGCUGCAGGGUUCUGGAUUGGGCACCGUUAAUGGAGCAGAAAACACUGCAGAAGGUGAGCAGGCACAGGGUGCUACGGUGUCAUGUUUAGACCCACCCAGGGUCUCGGAGGGCUUCCUUGCCGCUCCCCCAUCUGGAGAGGUCACUCCCACCACACCGGCUCCUCAUGAACAGACUUUGGUCUCCCUGGAGACUCCGAUCAGUCAGCAGGUCCACCAGCCAAUUACUGACCUGCUACUGGCCGAGUCGCACGCAAGCUCACUGGCUGCUCUGGCUGGAGCGGGGCUUCCUCCGCUGUCGUCAGCUGACCGGCCCAACAGUGAAGCAGAGGCAUCUCAGAUGGAAAUGUCCCCGGCACCCACAAUCGGUGAGAGAUUCGAAGGAGGUGGAGGAGGAGGAGCAUUGAAUAAAGGCAUGGAAGCCUCCCUAAGUCCAGACAUUGUGGAGACCUCAGAGCCUGCAAUAGUGGGUGUGUCACAACUGGAAGGGUCACCCAUGGAUACCAGCAGCCCUGCCUCUGCCACUCUGGAAGAAUCUACUUCCAAUUCUGCACAGACAACCCAGCUGUCUCAGGAGCUGUCCGGCAGCGGGGAAAGUGGGCUGACUGACCGGCAAACGGAUGCAAAGACUGGCUCUACUUCUGUCUCAUCACCUGGGGAAACAAUGCCCCGCAGCGAGAGUGCUGGUAGCCAUUCUCAGGCCAUCCAGGAAGAGCCCCUCCCGUCCACCAGCAACGACGACGAGGACCCUCUAGCAGGUAUAAGUCUGCCAGAGGGUGUGGAUCCCUCUUUUCUGGCAGCUCUACCAGAGGACAUCCGUCGAGAGGUGCUGCAAAAUCAGCUUGGCAUCAGACCACCCUCCCGUCCCGCUGCUGCCACUGCCUUGCCUUCCACUACAGCACCUGUACUGGGAGGACAGGGGUUGACUGAGGUCAGCCCUGAGUUCCUGGCGGCCUUGCCACCUGCCAUCCAGGAGGAGGUGCUUGCCCAGCAAAGGGCUGAGCAGCAGCGGAGGGAGCUUGCCCAACAGCCCCAACAGGGAGACACUCCUCUAGAUCCAGUCACCUUCAUCCAGACGCUGCCCUCAGAACUUCGGCGUAGUGUCCUGGAGGACAUGGAAGACAGCGUGUUGGCUGUCAUGCCGCCGGACAUUGCUGCCGAAGCAGCCGCGUUGCGUAGAGAACAAGAGGCACGCCAGAGGCAACUGAUGCACGAGAGGUUGUUUGGUCAUAGCUCAUCGUCGGCCCUGUCAGCCAUCUUGCGCUCACCUGCCUUUACCAGUCGUUUAGGGAGCAAUCGUGGCGUCCAGUACACUCGACUCGCUGUGCAGAGAGGAGGCACAUUUCAAAUGGGGGGAGGAACAAACCACAGACCAUCCAGUUCCAGCGUGGACUCCUUGUUACGUCUGCGUGGUCGAUUGCUGCUGGACCACGAGGCCUUAUCCUGCCUGCUGGUUUUGCUGUUUGUGGAUGAGCCAAAGCUCAACACCAGCCGUCUGCACCGCGUGCUCAGGAACCUCUGCUACCACUCUCAGACUCGUGGUUGGGUCAUUCGGAGCCUGUUGUCCAUCCUCCAGCGCAGCAGCGAGAGUGAGGUGUGUGUGGAGACAACGCGCCUCGAAGAUUCUCGCGGCAAGAGGAGCACCCAGGGAGGCUGUGGAGCAAAAGGGUCGGCUACCUCUUCCCUCUCCUCGUCAUCCUCGUCUUCAUCCUCAUCUUCCUUGGAGCUUCUGAACCGGGUGGAGUCUCGCAGCUCCAGCCAACUCUCCUGGCUCUCAGUUUCUAUGGAUGCAGCCUUGGGCUGUCGGACAAACAUUUUCCAGAUUCAGCGAGCAUCGGGUAGGAAGCACGCUGACCGGCACCCAGCCGGGGGUUCAACAGGAUCAGGAACUCUGGCAGGAGUGUCUGGCACUGCGACUGCUGUCACAUGUGCUGGUGGUGGGGGUUCCACUGUCCACAUCCACCCACAAGCCGCUCCAGUGGUCUGUCGACACGUUUUGGACACACUGAUCCAGCUAGCUAAGGUUUUCCCCAGCCACUUCACUCAGCAGCGCUGCAAGGAUCUGUUAUCAUCUUCGUCUGACCUGGACUCACGUCUUUGUUCAAUCGCCUCCUUGGGAGGGGGUGUGGGGUCCAGGACAGGAUCUCUAGGUAACCCCAGCUCCAAUGCCUCCAACAACCAGAACUCCUUCAGCUCAACCGCCGCUACCCUUCAGUCUCUGGGAAUCUCCACUGAUUUUUGGGACCUUCUGGUCAAGCUGGACAACAUGAAUGUCAGCCGCAAGGGCAAAGCCUCUAUGAAGACCGUGCCACUGGGGGGCAGUGCAGAGGCUGAGGGGGCGCAGUUAAGCCUGGAGACGUCUCCUCUCGGCCAGCUGAUGAACAUGCUGUCCCACCCUGUAAUCAGACGGAGCUCCUUGCUCACUGAAAAGCUGCUGCGUCUGCUCUCCCUCAUAUCCAUUGCCCUGCCCGACAACAAGGCCACCGAGGUGCCUGCUGGACACCCAACCCCACAGGCUGCCAUCCCCAGCACGGCGUCCAGCUCAGGAGUCACAGCCCACAUCACAACACAAGGCACAGUGUCAGCGGGCUCUAUUCCGCCUACUUUGACGGUCUUGGGGACCUCUGUGGGAGCUGCGAUCCAGGGUUCAUCCUCAGGGACAAGCCUAGCCGCCUCUCAGACCUCCUCUACAAUGAUCUCUAUACCCACGUCCACUGGAAUAACCUCUGCAGGAAAACCGAGGGGCACUGCUAUCAGUACGGAGUGUGACAACAAGAUGGCCUCCAGUGGACUCACAGAGAAACAGCUUCAACUCUCUGUGGAGGUGUUGACAUCUCACUCAUGUUCAGAAGAGGGUCUAGAAGAUGCAGCCAACAUCCUGCUGCAGUUAUCUAGAGGAGAUGGUGCCACCAGAGACACUGUGCUCAGACUACUGCUCAGUGGAGCGAGACACCUCGGAUACACUCUUUGCAAACAGAUCGGUACAUUGCUGGCUGAACUUAGAGAAUACAACUUGGAACAACAGAGACGGGCACAAGCGGAUUCAAAUUCCCCAGAUGGCCCUCCUGAGGAUUCCUCCAUCUCAGGCAAACCGAAGGGCAAGAUCUCUAGCAGGUUCGACGGGUCGGAGAGUGUGGUCAUUGUGGCUGCACAGAAACGCACACUUGGGGGACGUGAACUACAGUUACCCUGUAUGAGCUCACUAACCUCGAAGACGUCGACGCAGAAGUUCUUCUUGCGAGUGCUGCAGGUCAUCAUCCAGCUCCGCGAGGACACGCGGCGCGCCAACAAGAAAGCCAAACAGACGGGGCGAUUAGGCUCAAGUAGUUUAGGCUCAGCCAGCAGCAUCCAGGCUGCGGUGCGUCAACUAGAGGCUGAAGCCGACGCCAUCAUCCAGAUGGUAAGAGAGGGUCAGCGGGCACGUCGGCUCCAACAGGCCCCCCCACCCACCGCCUCAUCCGCCUCUGCUGCCGUUGCCGCCGCUGCCGGAUCGUCUGUGGCGGCCACCCAUGCCCCCACUGGUGCUGCGCCCACUGCUGGCACGGCUGCUGCUUCCACGUCUGAAGUACAGUCAAUGUCAGAAGCCCAGGCAGCCCAGCGAGAUGAUUCUCCAAUGGAUGUGGACCAGCCAUCUCCUCUUGAGCAGGACCCUGCACCUCUGGAUGAAGAUGGUAAUGGACCGCCCGAGAGUGAGGAGAGACUUCCUGACCUGCCGCUGCUCAGCGAGCAGCUUCUGUUGGAUGAACUAUGGGACAUGCUUGGGGAGUGCCUGAAAGAGCUGGAGGAGUCUCAUGACCAGCAUGCCGUUCUGGUUCUUCAGCCUGCUGUGGAGGCCUUCUUCCUAGUCCAUGCCACUGAACGGGAAAGCAAACCUCCUGUGAGGGACACCCGGGAGAGCCAGCUUUCUCACAUCAAGGAUGAGCCCCCGCCGCUGUCGCCGGCACCCCUCACACCUGCCACACCCUCAUCCCUAGAUCCGUUCUUUUCCAGAGAACCAUCCUCAAUGCACAUCUCUUCAAACCUUCCACCGGAUACGCAGAAGUUCCUCCGCUUUGCCGAAACUCACCGCACAGUGCUUAACCAGAUCUUGCGUCAGUCCACCACUCACUUGGCUGAUGGGCCUUUUGCAGUGCUGGUUGACUACAUACGCAUCCUCGACUUUGACGUUAAGAGAAAGUACUUCCGCCAGGAGUUGGAGCGACUGGAUGAAGGUCUCAGGAAGGAGGACAUGGCUGUGCAUGUGAGGAGAGAUCACGUGUUUGAGGACUCCUACAGGGAGCUGCAUCGCAAAAGCCCAGAGGACAUGAAGAACAGGCUAUACAUUGUGUUUGAAGGGGAGGAAGGCCAGGAUGCUGGUGGCCUGCUGAGGGAAUGGUACAUGAUCAUCUCACGGGAGAUGUUCAACCCCAUGUACGCCCUGUUUCGCACUUCACCGGGCGACCGCGUCACCUAUACCAUCAACCCCUCAUCCCACUGCAACCCCAACCACCUGAGCUACUUCAAGUUUGUGGGUCGUGUGGUAGCAAAGGCUGUCUACGAUAACCGGUUAUUGGAGUGCUACUUCACCCGCAGCUUCUACAAGCACAUUCUGGGCAAGAGUGUCAGGUACACUGACAUGGAGAGCGAGGACUACCCGUUUUUCCAGGGUUUGGUGUACUUGUUGGAGAAUGAUGUGUCCACGCUGGGCUAUGAGCUGACAUUCAGCACAGAGGUCCAGGAGUUUGGAGUAUGUGAAGUGAGAGACCUCAAGCCAAAUGGAGCCAACAUCCUAGUCACAGAGGAAAAUAAGAAAGAGUAUGUGCACCUAGUUUGCCAGAUGAAGAUGACAGGUGCGAUCCGCAAGCAGCUGGCAGCCUUCCUAGAGGGAUUCUAUGAAAUCAUCCCCAAGAGGCUGAUCUCCAUCUUCACUGAGCAGGAGCUGGAGCUGCUCAUCUCUGGCCUGCCCACAAUUGACAUUGAUGACCUUAAGGCCAACACUGAAUAUCACAAAUACCAGUCCAGCUCCAUCCAGAUCCAGUGGUUCUGGAGGGCCUUGCGGUCCUUUGACCAAGCCGACCGGGCCAAGUUCCUACAGUUUGUCACCGGCACAUCCAAGGUUCCCCUGCAGGGUUUUGCUGCCUUGGAGGGCAUGAACGGCAUCCAGAAGUUCCAGAUCCACCGGGAUGAUCGCUCCACUGACCGCCUGCCAUCUGCUCAUACCUGCUUUAACCAGCUGGACCUCCCAGCCUACGAAAGCUAUGAAAAGCUGAGACAUAUGCUGCUGUUGGCCAUUCAGGAAUGCUCGGAGGGAUUCGGAUUGGCCUAAACUAUGAGACUCGUAACACACACAGACAUGCAUACAAACACUUAAUUUAGAUUUGCCUACUACUCCAGACACAUUCACACUGAUAACAUUUGAACGCACGCACACACUAUCAUAGACAUUACUGAAUUACUUGUUGAAUGGCCCAGACCUACUGGUUUCUAUUCCAUAUAAAACGGAUAAAACCAGCAAGUUAAACGGACGGAUUGACAUUGCGUACAACACAGAGAGCCUCAUGUUGACACAGUUGUGUCCCCUUUCCCAAGUUAAUGGCAAAUGCAAGAACGGAUUCAGAGGAUAAAACAUGGACUAAUAUAAGAGACGUUUUCUUCAUUUAGUUUGAUUUCUCUGUACAAAAGGUUUGGGAGUUUAUUAUGUUUAAUCUUUUUUGUUCUCUGGCUGUGUAAAAAGAAAAGCGAAUGUUGUUUGAACAGGAUGGUUAUAAAACCUUUGGGGAAAAAUGUUGGUUGUUUUUUGUUGCAAAUUUGUGACCUCACAAACCUUGAUAUGGGGAACAUUUUUAUUGGGGGUAUAUGAACAACUUGAGAAGUUUUGGAGUUAUUCACAAAAAUGCACUUUUCAAAAGUUUUGUGGCAUUUUUAAGGAAGGAUGGUACAAAAAAUGAAGAGAACCUGAAGGAGAUGGGGGGGAAAAAGUUAACCAUAAAUUCUAGAGUAUUUUUGGCUAUUAAAUCGCUGACCCAGCCUUGAGCCCUUGAUCAGAGUGGAAUAACUACAUGAAUAAAUGCAUAAAAUUGC